AGGAUUUAAAUACAAUAUAUCCUUUUGUCAAAUUCUACUCUCUCCGAAGUCUCACACUCGACAUUUCCAUCGUCAACAACUUGCUUCCAACGAUACUAAAGUUCUCUCGCUCCAAACAAUGGCUCUCUCCCUCUGCUCCGCCAAAUCCCUUAUCUUUCUUUUUAUCCUCUCGGCCAUCCCCAUCGCCUUCAUCAUCUCUCUCGAGCUGGCCAAGCCCACCACCCAUGUCUUCCACUAUCACAGUUCCGGCUUCUUCCGCGAGUGCGGCAAGUGGGACGAUCUUAACCGUCGAUUCAUCGUCGCUUUCAUGGAUGGCGGAGUAGGAGAAAUUCGCGUGCCCGACGAUUACUCUCCGGGUACUGUUUUACAGGAGGUUACGGCGGUGAAAGACGUUGACAUAGCCGGGAACUCUUCGCUUGGUAUCGUCGUUGACCGGCCGAGGAAUCGGCUGCUUGUGGUAAAUGCCGAUGUCAUUGGGAACAAAUACAGUGGGCUUGCGGCUUAUGAUUUGUCAACUUGGCAGCGUCUGUUCCUCACACAUCUGAGUGGCCCUAAUGAUGAGAAAUCCUUUGCGGAUGAUGUUGCAGUUGAUGCCGAAGGAAAUGCAUACGUUACUGAUGCAAAAGCCAGUAAAAUUUGGAAGGUAGGGAAGGAUGGCAAACUUUUAUCCGUAAUCAGAAACCCACUUUUCAUUCAAAGAGAAUGGUACAAAAACCUGGUUGCACUUAAUGGAAUUGUUUACCACCCAGAUGGGUUCUUGAUCGUCAUUCAUACUUUCUCUGGCAAUUUGUAUAAGAUUGAUAUAGCUAAAGAUGAUGAAGUGAAGUUAAUUAAGUUAAACGGAGGCUCGCUGUCAUUUGGAGAUGGUCUGGAGUUAUUGUCGCCUACUAAGCUCGUGGUUGCAGGAAAUCCUUCAGCGAGAUUAGUGGAGAGCUCUGAUGGGUGGGAGACUGCUACUGUUGUAGCCAAGUUUAAAGGGCCAGCACACCGGUUGGCCACUGCAGCAACUGUGAAAGAUGGGAGGGUGUAUCUUAACCACAUGGUUGGUAUGGGAUAUCCUAAGAAGAAGCAUGCCAUUGUUGAGGCAGUUUUUUCUAAUUGAACGAGGCAAUUUUAACUUGUUAUUUUGGAUUUAAUUUUUAUUAUAUCCGUUCAGAAAUCCACAGAGCUUGACCAUUCUAAUUGACUGGUGAAGGGUUGUAUUAUGUUAUUUGAAUAUUGCAAGACUGCUCUGGCCUAUAGUUGAUGAAGCUAUGAA